AUGACGGCUCAAAUCAGGCAAGAGCGCGAGACAGCCGCCUCUCGAGAGUCGGACGGUGUCUCGGCUUGUUCGCCUCCCUCGCAAGCAGCGAGACCGGAGAGCAACGUCAAAGGAGACCCCGCAGUCGUCCCGAGACGCCUCGAGGGCAAGCAGCGCUAUCGCCUGUGCGACACAUUCCUCGGCGAAGGGACGUAUGGGCGCGUCGAGAAGGCGGAGGAUCUUUUGACGAAACAGAUUGUGGCGAUCAAGAAAGUAAAGGCGAACGCCGCAAACCUUUUUUCUUCCAGGGAAAAUGCGGGGCAGAGUGCGUCGGGGACGGAGAAGGUGCGAGCGCAGCUGCUGCGGCAGAACGUCGGAAGUGUCGGUCUCCACUUCACCACCAUCAGGGAGUUGAAGGUGAUGCGUGAAAUCGAGGAAGAGAACGUGAUGGGAGUCAUCGACGUAUUUGUCGAGCAGGACUUUAUCUGCCUCGUCAUGGAGCUAAUGCACGGCGAUUUGAAGAAGCUUAUCGACAGCAAAACGCGCCUCUCCAUUCAACACGUCAAGUGUAUCGUGCUUCAGCUCCUCAAGGGCUUGCAUGCACUCCACAAAAGGUACAUUGUCCACCGCGAUCUCGCGCCUGCGAACGUCUUCAUCAACGCCCAAGGAAUCUGCAAGGUCGCCGACUUUGGCCUUUCCCGCUGCUUCGGCUGCCCCGUCGUCUCUGGAUCUCUCCCACAGAAGAACGCGGAGCCGAGCAAACCCGAGGCCAACGCAUGCAAGGAGACCACCCCCGCCGAGCCUCACAAAGCUGCAGCCGUCGCCAUCAGUCGAAAGGAACUGAUGACCGCAAAGGUUGUCACCCUCUGGUACCGUCCUCCCGAGCUGCUCUACGGGGCAGAUCGCUACGGUCAGGCUGUCGACAUGUGGAGCGUCGGGUGCAUCAUGGCCGAGCUUUUGACAGGGUCGCCGUUGUUUCCGGGGGCGAACGAAAUUGACCAGCUGAGUCGAAUCUUUUCACUCCGCGGCACGCCAACCACGGCGGCUUCCAAAGAAGAGGCACCUGCCUUGUGGCCUCUGUCUUCGUCACUUCCGUCCUUCUUCCCCUUUACGCACACAACGCCGAAACCGUUGAAAAGCGUCUUUCCUUUCUGCUGUGCGGACAGUCUCGACUUACUCGACAGACUGCUCCAGCUUGACCCUUCAAAGAGAAUCACUGCAGCAGACGCUCUCAACCAUCGAUGGUUUCAACAAAAUCCAAAACCCUGCUUGCCCAAAGACUUGCCUGUACAUCUUCUGGGCAAAUUCUGA